GCACCAAAAAUGUAUCCUGAAGUGAGAUUACGAGGAGUAUCAUCAGCCUCAACUGCUCCAGCCAUAGAGUUUACCAUUGAUCUAUCGAUACUCGACUGGUCUGGUCUGUGCGUGAUGACGGCAUAGCAUACAUUGGAACCAAGCAAAGAAUGAGCAGCUAACCCGAACUAGAUCAGUCUUCCAACAUAGUGGGAAUUUCUACACUCAAACUCCAAAAUACAGUUUAAAACUGAUCUCAGAACAACGUUAUCGAAGGAACAUCAAGCGAAAGUCACGAGGUAUUCUUCUAGUUCAGGUUGGACAGAGACGCGCUGGCCUGUUAGCUAGCUAACGUUAGCUUUUCUACUGUACCUGGUCAUCUAACUGAACUCAGUCUUGACAUUGACUUCAUUGCUGCUGUUGCCACAUGAGCAGGACAAUAUGAGUGGAAAGAGGAAAACAUUGAUGGAUGAAAUGGAACAGAGUUUAUACACUUUAACCAACGACAAUUUACGCUGCCUGCGUGAACGCUUUGGAAUAGGUGGCAAGGAUGGCUCUGAUGUUCAAGGAAAGAAUCACCAUCACUCAUUGUGCCGUAAAAUCCUGGAGGAACUUUGGGAAAAUGCAGAUUCAAUGGAAUCGGAGGAGCAGGGAAUGUCUUGGUUACUCCAACUGAAAGAGGACAUCAGGAAGAUACAGGAGGAGGGUAUCGGUGCACCUUUGAGUCCCAGCCAAUCCAUUGAUGACGACGCUGUAGACUGUGAUGAAGACGAGAACCAGAAGGACAUGGAUUGGUUACCUAGCAAAAGGCUGAAGGGGGAACCCAUAAGUCCCAGCCAAUCCUUUGAUGACGAGGAUGCUGUACACUGCAACGAAGAAUGUGUGGAAGACAGAGAUUUGUUGCCUAGCAAAGGGCUGGAGGCAGAACCAGCACCAGAGAGACACACACCAGAGCAGAGAGAGAAGAGAGUGAGUGGGUCCCCCUCUCUGUCCUCUCCUGGUAAUGCCUUACUGCUGGGUCUGAAGAGAGUGUCUGUGUGGCUGGUCGACUGCAGGAAAACACCAGGGUUGAGAGGAACUGCUGGAGGAGGAGACAAGGAGGAGGAGGAAGGAGACGAGGAGGAGGAAGGAGACGAGGAGGAAGAAGGAGACGAGGAGGAGGAAGGAGACGAGGAGGAGGAAGGAGACUUGAUUCAUCAAAGAGAGAGACGUGGCAACCAUGGAUCUUCUGGGGAGCCUCAACAACAACCUCAUGCUGACAACACAGACUGGAGUCUCCCCACAUCAAAACACCUCAAUAAACAACUGCAGAGACAUACAGGGAAGAAACCACAUCACUGCUGCUCUGAGUGUGGGAAGACUUUCGGCUGUCCAGCGACACUCAAAAUGCACAGAAGAAUCCAUACGAGAGAGAAACCUUACUGCUGCUCACAGUGUGGGGAUACUUUCAGUCAAAAAAUGACUCUUAAGAUUCACCAGCAGAUGCACACUGGGAAGAAACCUCACCACUGCUCUGACUGCGGAAAGAGUUUCAGUGUUUUAUCAAGCUUGAAAAUCCAUCAAAGCACCCACACCGAAAAUAAACUAUUCCAAUGCUCCAAGUGUGGGAAAGGUUUUGCAAACAACCACUAUCGAAAAAUACAUGAGAAAACGGUACAUGAGCCUCCCGCAGAAAGGUCUUACCACUGCUCUGACUGCGGGAAGAGCUACAGUUUUUUAUCAACCUUCAAAAACCAUCAAAGAAAACACACAGGAGAGAAACCAUUCCAAUGCUCCAAGUGCAAGAAAAGUUUUGCUCAGAAAUCCACUCUGAAAGCCCACGAGCAAACACACAUGCCUGCUGCAGAAAGGCCUUACCAAUGCUCCUACUGCGAGAAGAAGUUUUGUAUUUCGGCAUCCUUUAAUUUCCAUAUGAGAAUGCAUACUGAAGAAAAACCAUUCCAAUGUUCCGUCUGCGGAAUGCGGUUCAUUCACGCCAGUUUACUGAAAGCACACAAACAUAAACACAAGCCCUCUGACGAAAGGCCCUUCCACUGCUCUAAAUGUGGAGCGUGUUUUACUACAAAAGGUAAUCUUAAAUUUCACCAGCUGACCCAUGACCGGGGAGAGAGAACUUAUCGCUGCUCUGAGUGUGGGCAUUGUUUCUCUCAUCCGAUUUAUCUGAAGAAACACCAGAAAAGGCACAGUAAAGAGAAGUCCAUUGUCUGCGACCUGUGCGGGAAGACCUUCAACCAUCCAAGCAACUUUAAAACGCACAUGAAGAUACACCAAGGAGUGAAACCGUACCACUGCACCGACUGUGGCAGGAGCUUCAUAUUCCGCCAAGGUUUAACAACACACCAGCGUGUGCACACCGGUGAGCUGCCUUACGUCUGUGAUCAAUGUGGAAAGAGAUUUUCUCAGUACAAUUCUUUGGUGAUUCACCAGCGAACCCACACCGGGGAGAAACCUUACCCAUGCUUGGUCUGUGGGAAGAGCUUCAGUCGGUCACAAAACCUGGCCGCACACAAGAGAACUCAUACUGGAGAGAAGCCUCACGCCUGUGAUCAGUGCGGGAAGAGAUUUUCCCGAACCGACGCACUGGCUGUACACAAGCGCACUCACACUGGAGAGAAGCCUUACAGCUGUGAUAUAUGCAGGCAGACAUUCACCUAUUUAGUAGCCAUGUUGAAACAUAAGAAAAGACAUUGACAUGCAGGUGAUGUACUCUGUGCUGAAUGUCCUCAAGACAAUUCCAGCUCUGUCUAUGAAUAGAGAAGAACUUUGUUUAACCGACAGAAAACAUCAAUUUGUUGUUUUACUUACAAUCUAACCCCGAAAGAGAGAGAGACACAAACACUCACACACGCAGACAAACCCAGAGGGCGGCAGGUAGCCUAGCGGUUAAGAGCGUUUGACCGGUAACAGAAAGAUCGCUGGUUUGAAUCCCUGAGUCGGCAAAGGUUAGGAAGAAAAUCUGCUGUUCUGCCCUUGAGCCAGUUAGUACCCAACAACAACUGCUCCCUGGGCACACAUGACGUGGAUUAAGGCAGCCCGCCGCGCCUCUGUGAUUCAGAGGGUUUAGAUGCGGAAGGUUGAAGGCAUUUAGUGGUGCAACUGGCUAGUUAUCCCUCAUUUCCUUUCCACCCAGAGGAAUUGGGAGCACAGAGUGGUUUUUGAGAGUGGUUACUGUGAGUUUUGAGAGUGGUUACUGUGAGUUUUGAGAGUGGUUACUGUGAGUUUUGAGAGUGGUUACUGUGAGUUUUGAGAGUGGUUACUGUGAGUUUUGAGAGUGGUUACUGUGAGUUUUGAGAGUGGCUACUGUGGGUUUUGAGAGUGGCUACUGUGGGUUUUGAGAGUGGCUACUGUGGGUUUUGAGAGUGGCUACUGUGGGUUUUGAGAGUGGUUACUGUGGGUUUUGAGAGUGGUUACUGUGGGUUUUGAGAGUGGUUAUGUUUCCUCCGCAUUGGACUGAAUCACAAAACAAGGAUUUGUGGCUUUAAAUUGUCUGAAAUCAGUGUUGUGUUUUAUACAUACACACCUGACAGGUGUAGGAUCAGGUUCUCCUCCCCAAAUCCUAUUAUUAAGCAUUAUUGACGAAAAUGCUACAAGAUCAGCAUCUAGGGGCAACUUCACCCUACACUCACCCCUUCCCUGGGGGCUCUUCCAGUUGGCAGAUUCAUUGAGGUACUGUCCUAAAUAUUCUUAAGUAUAAUUUUUUUUAGACAAAUUUCCACUUGAAAUUGGCAUGGUGUCAUUAACUUGAAACCAGCAACACAUAUUCAUGUUUAGGUUUCCAAAUAAACCCCUGAUUUAAGAGAUAAGAGAUAAGUUAAGGAUCCUGGUCUCUGGAACACCCCACUGCUCCCAGUCACAGUAAAGCAGGAGUCAAUUCCACCGUGCCAAUUUCAAGUCCUUAUAUUCCUUUACCAAUAUGGUUAAGUUAUUUCAGAAUAUUUAGGACUAAAAAUGUUUCCAUGGUAACUUAAAUCUUCAUGCAGAUCUCAUGUGAGCAUUUGAGAGAAAUUCAUUUUUAUUGCGAGACAUAAAUCUUUAUCAAUGAAACUAACCAGGAAUAAAUGAAGUUUUAAAGGCUGUAAUUAAAUGAAAAGACAUGUCUUAUCUGAAAUGUGUUUUUAUAGGUCACAAGUGAAAUGAUGUUAUAGGUAACCUGUGUAGCCUAGGUUUAGGGCAUGUUAAAGCCCUAGGCUACAGUCAGCUCUAUAUGUUUGUAUAAAUAUGUUGUUAUAUACAUUGUUUAUGUAAGUAGAGAACAGUAGUAGUACAUAUACAGGUAUAAUAGAGGAAGCACCAACAUGAGGCUUUGCGGCCACCAGAACAUCUUCACUGCUCCUUGGCACAGAUUCUACAAAUGCCUGGAAUUCUAUUGGAGGGACGCGACACCGUUCUUCCACGAGAAAUUACAUCAUUUGUGUUUUGUUGAUGUUUGUGGGAUAACGCUCUCUCAGGCGCCACUUCAGAAUCUCCCAUAAGUGUUCAAUUCGGUUGUGAUCUGUUGACUGACACACACACUUUAACCCCCCCCCCCGUGCUCCUUGGAGACCCCUCUAUCAAAGUCAAAGAGAUCUCUUGUAGCCAAAAUAAUGGUCAUUUUUAUAUGAUGUUAAUUAACUCAGAAAAGCACACCUGCGGAAGCACCUACUUGCCAAAUGUAGUGUUUCCUUCUCUUUUGGCAGUUCCCUGUAUAUAUAUCAGAGAACACGCACACAUAUGUAUGCAUUGCACCACACAUGCAUGUACACACAACUACACACACAAACAUGCAUGUCUGCACAUACACACAUACAUGAAGACACAAUUAAAGAAUGAAAUCACAUGGCAAAAGACAGCUCAUAAUUACUGAUAACAAUUCUGUGAUGAACAAGCUUUUAUUUGUAUUUUACAUUGUUUAAACAUACUUAGUAUUACAUUGUUAAUUAGCAUUGUGUACAUUGUGACUGAAAUCAUUUCAAAUACUUUAUCUGGGCUUGAUUGAGUUUGACUGGCGUGAACUCCGGACUGACAUUGUGUAUAUGUAUACAUUUCAGCAGGCUUACAUUAAAUAAGACGAGGACUGUAA